AUGUAUAGAGUCAUCUCACUUCGUUCCAAAUCCAAUUCUCUUAAAUCUUUGUUCAAUCCAUUGAAAUCACCUCAAAAACACUCAAUUUCUCCAAAUGGGUAUUCUUUUUUCCAUCGAAGUCCGAGUCUUUUAGCCUCACAAAGCUGUUUUAACCGAGUUUUCUCAUCUGGGUUUUGGUCAAAUUGUGCUAAAGUGAGGAAUUUUGAUAGAAAUCAAAGUUUUGUUAGGAGAUUUACUAGUGAAGCUCAAAGAGAGUCUAUAGAGUAUGAUGUUGUGAUUGUUGGUGCUGGACCAGCUGGUUUAUCAACUGCAAUAAGAUUGAAGCAGUUGUGUAGUGGAAAGGGUGUGGAUUUAUCAGUUUGUGUUGUUGAGAAAGGCUCUGAAGUAGGUGCUCAUAUAUUAUCCGGCAAUGUGUUUGAGCCCCGAGCACUGGAUGAACUUCUUCCACAAUGGAAAGAGGAAGAGGCACCAAUCAAUGUCCCUGUAACUUCUGACAAGUUUUGGUUUCUUACAAAGGACCGUGCCUUUUCACUUCCAUGUCCUUUUGAUAACAAGGGGAACUAUGUUAUAAGAUUUUGUCUUUGUUUCCUCCGCAUGGUGAAUGGAUUCUUUAGAAUUCUUGCAACUUACUUGAGAUCAGUUCUGACAAGUGGUAGAACUGAUUUAAGUCAACUAGUGCGGUGGAUGGGGGUAAAAGCUGAAGAAUUUGGAGUUGAGAUAUAUCCUGGUUUUGCUGCUAGUGAGAUCUUAUAUGAUGCAAAUGACAGUGUUGUUGGCAUUGGAACUAAUGAUAUGGGAAUUGCCAAAGAUGGUUCUAAGAAGGAUACUUUUCAAAGUGGUGUAGAACUGAAAGGUCGCAUAACACUUCUAGCUGAAGGUUGUAGAGGAUCAUUAUCAGAGAAAAUAAUUAAAAAAUACAAAUUGAGAGAGAAGGGGCAUGCUCAACAUCAGACUUAUGCUUUAGGAAUUAAAGAGGUUUGGGAAGUUGAUGAGAGCAAACAUAAACCUGGUGCAGUUCUUCAUACAUUAGGGUGGCCUUUGGAUCAGAAAACAUACGGGGGAUCAUUUCUGUACCAUAUGAAAGAUGGGCAGGUUUCCAUCGGCUUGGUGGUUGCCUUGAAUUAUCAAAAUCCUUACUUGAACCCAUAUGAAGAAUUCCAGAAAUUUAAGCAUCAUUCUGCCAUCAGACCUCUUCUGGAAGGGGGAACUGUAAUCCAAUAUGGGGCUCGCACUUUAAAUGAAGGUGGCAUUCAGUCUAUUCCGUACCCAGUUUUCCCUGGAGGAGCAAUUAUUGGAUGUUCAGCUGGUUUCUUGAAUGUACCAAAAAUAAAGGGAACGCACACUGCAAUGAAAUCAGGGCAUGUUAAUCAAUUUAAUGACUCAUGUAAUGGUGCAAAGGUUAAAGUAAAUAAUGUUAAGACUGCUUUAGACUGGAUACUUUACUGCAAAGUUUACAGAAUGCUAGCAGCAGAAGCAGCAUUUGGUGCUCUUCACAAAGGCACAAACUUGGAAUCGUAUUGGGAAACUUUAAGGAGUUCUUGGAUAUGGGAAGAACUCCACCGAGCUCGAAACUAUCGACCUGCUUUUGAGCAUGGGCUUAUUCCUGGAAUGGCCAUUAGUGCAUUAGAACACUACCUACUGAAAGGCAAGUCUCCAUUCACGCUGAAACAUGGGAAACCUGAUCAUGAGGCAACAGAUGUUGCGCGGUUACACUCUCCAAUUGAAUAUCCAAAGCCAGAUGGAGUUUUGUCUUUUGAUCUACCAACCUCGCUCCACAGGAGCAACACUAAUCAUGACCAUGAUCAGCCACCUCAUCUCCGUUUGAGGGACCCCAAGAUUCCUGAGACUGUGAAUUUGCCAGAAUAUGCCGGACCAGAGUCACGAUAUUGUCCAGCUCGUGUAUAUGAGUAUGUCUCUGAUGAGAACAGUCAGUUGAAGUUACAGAUCAAUGCCCAAAAUUGCCUACAUUGUAAGGCAUGUGAUAUCAAAGACCCAAAGCAAAACAUUGAAUGGACAGUGCCAGAAGGGGAGGUGGCCCGGGCUACUCAGUCAUGUAGGUCUACUUUGUUAUCGUUAUUGAAAAUGGACGACACAUUUCAUGUAUAA